GAUUUCGCGCGCGCUGUGCAGCGCCGCUCGGGCCGCCUGGCGGGAGAGCUUCCCCUUGGGCGGUCGCGAUGUGGCGCGCUGGUUCCCGGGCCACAUGGCCAAAGGACUGAAGAAGAUGCAGAGCAGCCUAAAGCUGGUGGACUGUAUCAUCGAGGUCCAUGAUGCCCGGAUUCCACUUUCGGGCCGCAACCCUCUGUUUCAGGAAACCCUCGGGAUUAAGCCUCACUUGCUCGUCCUCAACAAAAUGGACUUGGCGGAUCUGAAGGAGCAGCAGAAAAUUAUACAACACUUGGAAAGAGAAGGCCUAAAACAUGUCAUUUUUACCAACUGUGUGAAGGAUGAAAACAUCAGACAGGUCAUCCCAAUGGUCACGGAAUUGGUUGGGAGCAGCUACCGCUACCACCGAGGAGAGAAUAUGGAGUUCUGCAUCAUGGUGAUCGGCAUCCCCAACGUGGGCAAGUCUUCCCUCAUCAACUCGCUCAGGAGACAGCACCUCAAGAAAGGAAAAGCCACCAGGGUGGGCGGUGAGCCUGGGAUCACUAGAGCUGUGAUGUCCAGAAUUCAGGUGUGUGAACGGCCACUGAUGUUCCUGCUGGACACUCCUGGGGUGCUGGCUCCUCGGAUUGAGAGUGUGGAGAUGGGCCUAAAGCUGGCCCUGUGUGGAACCGUGUUGGACCACCUGGUUGGAGAGGAGACCCUGGCUGACUACCUUCUCUACACCCUCAAUAGGCACCAGCUCUUUGGGUAUGUGCAGCACUAUGGCCUGGGCGAGGUCUGCGAUGACAUAACAAGCGUGCUGAAGCACGUGGCUGUGAGGCUGGGGAAGACGCAGAAGGUGAAAGUACUCACGGGCACAGGUGACAUGAACGUCAUCCAGCCCAACUACCCUGCAGCAGCCCGUGACUUCCUCCGGACCUUCCGCAGUGGGCUGCUGGGCCCUGUGAUGCUGGACCGGGACAUCCUGCAGAGGCUCCCCCCAACAGAUACCCUGCCUGGCCCUCAGCCCCAGAGACAUGUAGUGUCCUAGACCUUCACAUCUGGGUUUUGACACUCAGGGCUCCCUCUUCCAUGAUCUCUGUGCUGGUCACUGUACACUAAAGUCUCUGCUCCAGGAAGAGGGCUGCACCCUCCUGCCCCUCCAAAGCUAGGCAGUGCUUUGUUCCCAGGGACAGUCCCUGGGGUUUCAGAGCACUGACAUCCCUGAGCAGUCCUCAUGCCUGGCCUGGUGAGGACAUUCACUUGUGCUCACUUCUUACAUGGAGAAGCUGACAUUGUCCUGGAAGGAGUGAAGCUAUAAUCUAUAAUUUAAAUGUUUUAAACUCAAAGCCUCA